GCUUAAAUACAGACAGCUUGGCGCGUGUGGACUCCUAGAAUCUGAAAAUCUGCUGUAUUUUAUAAACAAUUUCAGAUGGAAGUCGUCGCUCAGGUGAUCGCGGAAUGUCCGCCGUUACUAUCUGGAGGAAUCGGAAUAGCAGCCUGCGCUGCGGGAGCCUUGAUUCAUAGAAUCGCGACUAGGAAGAAGCCCACACAUGUGAGAGUGAACUGCUGGUUCUGCAACCAGGACACAGAGGUGCCGUAUGGAAACAGGAACUGCUGGGACUGUCCCUACUGUGAGCAGUACAACGGCUUCCAGGAGAAUGGUGACUACAAUAAGCCCAUUCCAGCCCAGUACAUGGAGCACCUGAACCAUGGCGUGUCAGCAGGCCCUUCACAGGCUGAGACAUCCAAGUCUCUGCAGUGGGUCAACUGCCAGAUGCUGCUGUGUAAAAAGUGCAAUCACAAUCAGAGCCUAAAAAUCAAGCAGCUGGCCUCCUUCCAGCCCAGGGAUGAGGAGAAGUAUGACGAGGAGAUAGAGGUGUAUCGCCACCAUCUGGAGCAGACCUACAAGCUGUGCCGGCUCUGCCAGACUUCUGUGGAGCACUAUAUCAAGCAUCAAAACCGGCAGCUGCGAGCCCUGCUCUUCAGCCACCAACUGCGCCGCAGCCGAGACUCCCAUUUGGGCUGCAUUCAGAGCACCCACUCCAUUCCCACUCCAGGUCGGGUGAUCUUGCUACGUGUCCUGGACUUUGUACUUGCUACUUUCUUGGUGGCAUUGGCAGUACACAAACCUGAGGGGCUCUGGGCAACCCAAAGCGGUCAUGCCAAUGCAUCCCCUCCUGCUCCAAACAAUUUGAAUGCAUCGGACACCCCAGAUGGUAGCAGUGAUGUGGUAUGGCUGUGGCAGGAGCUGCUGGAACUUAUACCAGACAACACUUUGGAGAAAGCCCAACAGGCAUGGGACUAUGGCAGGGACCACAAAGCUGCUGUGGCCUCCUUGGGCCUAUUUAUCUGCAUUGUCAGCAUCUUCCUUGCUGGCCCUGUGAGGCUCCGACGAAUUGAUGCUGCAUCAUCCAUCCUCUGGUUCCUGCUCAUGAGCCUGCAUCUGUUGGAAAAGUACGUGGUGCUGGAUGGUCCUGGCUGGUUGGACACAAUCAGAUUUUGCACCACUCUGCUGUGCUGCUCCGUGGGCUUUGCUGCCGCUGUGGCCACCCGCAAGUCCACGAAUUACAGAAGGGCACGGGGUCGAAGGUAUCUUUCUGGUGGAUCUCUGGAUCUCUGCUACAAUGGACAUACCCCACUCCUGGAUCCUCCUGUCUCUGGCUCCUCUUCCUCCUUUGUUCCUACUCCACCCCCCAACCUGUCACAUCUUAUCAACCGGAAGUUAGGUUCACGGGAGCGCCGGGCCUCGCCCUCGUCCCUGCCAGGGCGUCUCAACCGAGCCCUGUCCCUGGGCACCAUCCCUUCUCUGACUUGCACAGACUCAGGCUAUUUAUUCAGUGGCAGUCGACCCUCGUCGCAGUGUAAAGAUUCUCCACCAUCAGAUUAUUUCUCCCUGAAGACUGGGAGCCGUCCCUCAUCUCCAGGCCCCUCCCCAGCGCCCUCAAUAGCAGGAUCAGUGACAUCUACUUCCAGCUCUGCCCACCAGCGCCGCCCCCUCAUCAGCCCCGCUCGCCUGCAGCUGGGUGGCAAGAGGCUUCAGCUUUUUUCGUCACACUUAGAACCUGGUCUGCAGGUCUCACCUUGCAGCCACUCUGAGUCUGCUCCUCUCCAUAGUGCAGUGCUUAGCCCUGAAGCCCUUGCCUUCCCUUCGCACAGCCAUGAUCUGGGCUCUGGGCUUGAGAACAGUAGUGUGUUUGAGGAGAGGGAGGGAGAGAAAAAGAGGGGCAGUUCCUCUGGCUCUUCAGCCUGCCUGGUGGACACUACUACUGGGGCAGGAGCUAACAACAGACAGCCACUGAAGGGUGUGCUGGGCUGGUCACUGUGGUCAGGCCUCCUGUGUGCAAGCUUGAUGGCUAACCUGGUAUUUGGAUUCCUCUACUGCUACCACAGCUGGAGAUGAGCUGUCUAGGCUCACUGCUCUUGUGUAGACAACCUGAGAUCCUUUUUUCUGUCACUGCUCUGCAGGAUGAUCUCACUGGGGCUCCAUUCUUGCCCAAAAGUAGUAGUGUAUUUCUCCAACUAUGUAGGUCAGUAGAAAUUUAUGAUCUGCAUACACAUUAUUGCUGAAGACUUAAGGAUAACUCUUAUUGAGAACUUUAUUGGAAAUUGUACAGAAAGUUGAACUUGUCUAAAUGUG